GGCCUACCAAUGCCUACCCUUGGGCUGCCAUGGUCCAAUCAGUAGUUCUAUUCUUAAGAACAAUGCGCAUGAAUUGUGACAUUCGGGGAUGAAUUGCCACUCCUCAUUCUUCUUCAGCUCUUUUCAAGAAAUUCUCUUUUCCAUGAAUGUCAGACGCAUCUUUGGACGAUCCGUGUAGCCCUGCAGAUCAUCCUCCUGUUCUUGAUGAGAAUGACAUGGUGCAAGAGAACUUCCAGAGGCCUAAACCUGGAAGGAAGAUAUUAAUAAACGACAAAGGUGAACAUAUUUUGGAAUCUGGGCAUCAGUCCCAACCGGAUGAGGAGCACAGUGAAGCCAUGAGGCAUAGACAUUUGAAUGCUGAUAUCGAUUUUGAUAAUGAUCGAUUCCCCUUCAGCCUAGUUUGGACAUCCAUCCCACUCUUGACGUGGUUUUUCCCAUUUAUUGGGCACAUGGGGAUAGCAACAUCCAAUGGCAUAAUCCGAGACUUUGCUGGACCCUAUAUGGUAUCUGAAGACCAGAUGGCCUUUGGAAGGCCCAUGAAAUAUGUUGUAAUGGACCCUCUUCUUGCACGAGGGGGUGCAGAUGGCUGGGACCGGGCAAUAUUUGAAGCCUCUGAAGAGUACAAGACUCGAAUGCACAAUCUCUGUUGGGACAACUGUCAUUCACAUGUGGGCAUGGCCUUGAGUCUCAUGGAAUAUGAUGGUGGAACUCACUUCAGCAUGGUCUACUUAGUCUGGCUUUUUAUUGUCAGAUCAAAAUAUGUCAGCUGGAAAGCAGUCCUGAUGACCUGGCUACCAUUUUGCUUAUUUGUAAUCUUCAUAACCCUCAUUGUGAUUGUGCCCAUGAGGUCUCUGUGAUACUGCAAUUUGUCAUCAAUGCUAUGCAUCCUUCCAUGAAUAUGAUCCAUGUAGAGGAUUUUCUUAAGGUGAUAAUUUCAUUGUAAUGGUUGCAUUGGUUUAGCAUGAAGCAAUAAUUGAGGACCCAUUCUUCUCAGUUGUGUGAACCUGAGGAUGUACUGUUCCCCCCCCCCCCUUUAAAUUCAUAUAUCAAGAGAUAUAUUUUAACUUCCUGCAGGUCAUUUUUUGUCAUUUGAGCUUCAAAAUAAAGAUGGAAUGCAUGAAGAAAAAGUCAAUAAAAUGGG